GAGAUGAGAAGUCGGUACAGAGGAUUAAGCAGAGGAAGGUCUCUGCGUUUUCCGGCGAGUUUCCAUGGUUUCCGGCGACGUUUGGUUUCGACUCAGAGGAGGACUGCCGUGCUCGGUUUCUGUUCACGGCGGCGGCGGUGGUGCUUCCGUCUGUGUUUGGUGGUUUCUAGUUUUUAUGAAUUCUUGAGCAUGAUUGUGACUGCUAUACAUGUUGGAAUUAGAUGAAUUGGAGGAUUGUGUUGUGUUAUUUGGAAUGAAGGACAGUAGGAAAUUGUUGAUGUGGCUGUGAUUUAGUAUACAGUAAUUGAGAAUUGGAGGGGUUGGAUGAUGGGGAAGUUUUCUGUACAAGUAUGAUUUGCUGUGUUUGAUACGUUUUGGAUGUGGUUGUUAUACAUAUUAGAACUACAGAAAUUUGGAGAAGCUGAGUUAUUAUUCACGUCGGCUGUAAUAGUGGUUUGGUAUUUAUGUAGUGAUUUCUAGUCACUAAUAAAGUUGCAGAGUAUGAAAUAGGUUUUGUAUGGAGUUGUAUAUAAUUGAAGUCCUGAAAUAGAAGGGUCGGGUGAUGGAGGUGGUUGAUUUGUGUAUUUGAUUAAUACAGAGAGCUGUUUUGGUAUUUUGUGUAGUGAAGAAGAUAUAGUUUAAUUAAGAGAUGAGAUGGAGGAUGCAGAUUGACUUUGGUAAUAAGGAUGGAAAGUUGAAUUAGGUACUCGUUAUUGAUCAAGAAGAUGUUUAAUUGAAGCUAUUUCAGAAAGCUUGAGAAUUUGGGUGUCCUUAGCAAUUUCAAGGAUAAGGAUUUGCCGACUGUAUUAAAGUGUUUGCCAACUUUAUUAGAAAAAGGAUUUGGUACAAGGAUCGAGUAACUAUCGACAUUUCAAAAGCAGAAGGAUAAAGAUUUCAGAAGCGUGUUGCAGAGUUACUAAUUUUAGUUAAUGUCGGAGCUAGCGCUUGGAUUCCAGGUCUUAAGUUUUUGUUAUGGACUUCGGAGCGAGUUCAUUGUUAAAUGUUACAUGAGGAGGACAUUUAUAUCGGGUUUCACUGGGAGUGUAGGCAUUGUUGUUGUCACCAAAGAUAAAGCAGCUCUUUGGACAGAUGGGCGCUCUUUUCUUCAGGCUGAAAAGCAUUGAAGGCAUAUUGUUAUGCUUGGCUGAAUUAGAAGAAGCAGAUUGGAGUUGGUAUCCAUCAAAAUCUCUCCCACCAGCUUUUCAACCGGAUGACCAUACUGAACUUAGUUUGGUGCAUAGCAAUAUUGAUCACCGCUGAACUUAGUGAACUCUUUUUCAGUGUUGGAACUUGGAAGACUUGCAAGAGAAGUACUUAACUAG